AUGGAGCCGUUGAGGGUGUUGAUUAUUGGGGCAGUUUCCGGUAAUACUGACGAGCCACAACCCCAGGCCGGAAUUGUCGCCACCAUCUUCGAGAAAGAUGAGAGUACCACGGUCCGGUCGCGAGACUGGAACUUCGGCGUCUACUGGGCACAGUCACGCAUCGAGGAAUGUUUGACUCCUGAGCUGAGCGCUCUCAUCGACACGGUACAAACCGAUCCAUCGUACCGCCGCUACGCGGAAUCUAUCUUCCCCAUCUACCACAACUUGACAGGAGAAAUGGCCCAAGCACUUCCUGCCCCUUAUGCUAUCCGCCUUAGGAGAAGGGCAUGGAUAAACCUGCUCAAGGAGGGAUUGGAUGUGCGUUACGGGAAGACGAUAGAUACAAUAAUCCCAACCGAGGGUGGCAUUACGGCCACAUUCAAAGACGGCACUGUUGAAAAUGGCAGCUUGCUCAUCGGCGCCGAGGGCGCGCAUAGCCCAACCCGAACCUGGCUAUUCCAACAAUCUCCCGAAGAUGGUGCGUUGCAGAAAGUGCCCGUCUCAACGUUCGCAACGCUAUCAAAGCUUUCUCGCGAAACGGCCUUGAGCCUGAGAAAGAUGCACCCCACGUACUGCAUGAGCACCGGCCCGAAUAAUAUGUUCACAUUCGCUUCUAUCCACGACUGCACCCCCGGAGACCCCGGAGACUGGACCUUCAUGCUUGUUCUCACCUGGAACUACCAGGAAAAUGAAGAUCAUGCGAGGCUAGCAAAUGAUCCUGUCUUUCUCCUCGAGAAGGUGCGCGCCCUCACCAAAUCCCUGGCGUAUCCCCACAAUGCCCUGGUCCGAGAUAUUCCACCGGGAACGAAGACGUGGUACACCAGUCAGAUGACCCACUGGCCAACAAAACCCUGGGACAGCAGAGGGGGCCGCGUUACUUUGGCUGGCGAUGCUGCCCAUUCCAUGACCUUUCACCGCGGUCAAGGGCUCGGCAACGCCAUUACCGAUGUGGCCGAGUUACAGACACGCCUCUGCGCCAUGAAGGAGCACACCCGAGAGGAGCUGGCUCUGGCGGUUGAUGGAUAUGAGAAGGAGGUGUGGAAGCGCGGGUACCACACGGUGAUUGAGAACAGGGACAACACCCUCGCGGUGCACGACUGGAACAAAAUAUCUCAGAGUCCGUUGUUCCUCAAGGGUACCGCCAAAAGUCCCACGCCCGAGGAUGGCGGGAAGGCGGGAACAACAUUAUUCAUUACGGGUCGCAGCGCGGUGUCGUGGGCGGCGGAGUUGGCCGCCGUCACCCACGACGCCGCACUGCAAGAUGCCGCCCAUCACCAAGCUACGCCCCAAGAGCGAGGCGCCGCCCACCACCAGGCCACCUCCCAGGAGCGAGGUGCCGCCUACCACCAGGCCACCCCCCAGGAGCAAGGCGCCGCCCAUCACUAG